AAUGACUUAAAAAAAAUAAGUAAAUGCAUAAGCUGAUGUGGAAAUGUGGGGAACUGAACUCAAGAUGGGGGAAAUGAGAAAAGAAACUGAAGGAUUUAGUGAUCCUUAGAUUACUAAAAUGAUAAAAUAAAUAAAUAUUAAUUUCUAUCUGCACCCGAAAGGCUCCUGACAUAUAUGUGGUAUCUUGAAAAUGGUCCCUUGUUGUGCCUGCAUGGUCUUAGAAUGUGGAUGAGCUUGAGCCACAAAAGUUCAUACAUGUAUCCCUAACAUUAUAUUGAUUUCAGACAUAUCCCAAAUCAGAAGCUUUCAAAGAUUAGUCAGUAAAAUUAUCUGGUACUUAUGUGAUGUUUUCAAUGGGUGUUACAUAUUACUCAUUUUGAAUAGCAAUGGUUGAGGAAGUGUUUUUUGUUUUUGUUUUUAAGCCAACUUGUCUCAUUGCUACUUGCAGAUCAUGUGACAGGAGCUGGCAAAAAAACCUGCUUCUUAGUCCCUUGCAAAGUGAUGUUGUAGAUGAGCUUGUCUCUUGCAACUAACAGAAGACGCAACCAACAGAAGAACCAAGAACAGAGAUAUUUGGGUUUCUCUGACUGAACAAAAUUAUUUAUCCAGCAUUUGUGGCAAGGAGUCUACAUAACUAUCUUGAACUGCAGCUCUUCAGUUAAAAAAGUUGGAAAGCCUGAGCACUUAAAGAUAACGAUGUCAUUUUAAUAAGGAAGACCAACCAGACAGAACUCAAAUAUGGGGAAGAAAAGAAGGGCUAAAAAGAUCAAGAAAAGCAACCAAGCGGAUUUGCCUGCAAAAAUUGAGGACUGGACUAAGGAACACGUAAAACAAUGGGUGACAAAUGAACUUAAGCUUGAGGAGAAAUAUGGCGACAUCCUUCUUCAUCAAGAUGUGACAGGCGCCAUUUUGAAGCUUUUAACCAAGCAAGACCUCACAGAAAUGGGUAUAACCCAUGGCCCAGCUUGCCAAAUAAUGCACACACUGAAGAAAAAAAAAUAUUCCAGGUCAUGCAUGAACUCCCGCACCAAUGGUACUAUCCACUUGGGAGUCCGGGACAAUCAACAUGGAGAAAUUAUUGGAGUAAAAGGUCAAAAUAAAGAGAAAUAUAUUAGCUAUUUUGAGUUAAUAAAUAAAUACUUUGGAGAUGCUGUCGUUGGUGUUGCAAAAGAUUGCAUCAGGAAACCUAGGUUUGUGGAAGUAUUGCAGCAAAACAGCAUCCCAUUGGAAACAUUUGUUAUUGAAGUUGAUGUGGUUCCAAAGUACUCUAGUUGCCUAUCUAAAUAUUUCCCUAAUAAGAACUACAGCUUUAAGACUAAAAAAUGGGAUCCAUGUUUGUUUAUAAGAGAUGGUGCAUCUUCCAAAAACCUCUUAAAAUCUAAUGAUAAAACAGAACAUAAAUCAUUUAUGGCCAAACUGGAGAAAUUAGCAGAGGACAGAAAAGAAGCUGAGGAAAAACAUGGAGAAAAAAGGAGGAAUAUAGAUGGGGAAGGUCGUAAGCUGGUGAGCUUGCUCACAGGCAACAGAGACUUGCUAGAUAACUCCCAUUAUGACUGGUAUAUUUUAGUCACAAACAAAUGUCAUCCACAUCAGACACAGCAUAUAAACUUCUUGCAGGAAAUAAAGUUAUUCACUGUUCUAGAGUUUGACCCGGAAUCAGCAAGCAAUGGUGUCGUCAAAGCAUUAAGAGAAGACAGAGCUGCAAACCUUCAUUUUCCAAAGCAGUACCAGAAGCCUGGGAAUUCAACUUCUGAAACAAUUGAAGAACUUAAUCUCUAUCAGCAGCCAAGUUGGAUUUUCUGCAAUAGUAGGUCAGACUUGAACAGUGAAGCGUAUCAACCCGUGAGUCCUGGACUCUGGCAGCAACAGAAGGCAGCUGAGGUUAGGAAACUGAUCUCAUUUCUAUCCCAUCCAGAUAUAAUGCAAAGGGGAAAAAUUUUGGUGGUGUUUCUCAUGCUGUCAAAAGUGGAAGAUCCAGGUGAUCCCAUGAUAGAAGCUUUUUGUGCAUUUUAUCAAGAACUUAAUGGACUUGAUGAUAUGUUGUGUUAUCGAUUCCCAGAACCAUACUUCUUGGCUUCUUUAUUAUUCUGGCCUGAAAAUCAAAAUCAAUUCGAUAAAGAUUCCAAACAAAUGGGAAAAUACCUCAAUUCUCUGAAGAAGGCAUUUAAUGGGCAGUACUGGCAAAUGUGCCGUUCCAAACAACCUAUAGCAUUUUUCUACCUCUGAAAAGGAAGCAAUCUGAGCAAAUUUAUUCACAAAGGAAAAAUUGAUCAGUCUGUUACUGCUAAGAGUAGGGGCAAGUCAAGGCAAAAGAUGAAUGACGAGCUGAGUUGCCUGUGGCAGAGUGGAGAGAUAUGGAAAACAGAGGAUGCCAAACAUCUUUUGCUUCGGCUGAAUGGGAAGGCUGAAGAUAAUAUUGUCUAUGUUGAUUACGGUAUUGAUGAAGACAUCAGAAUACCAGCACGGCCUGUUUUCUUAGGCCAGCUAAAGAGUGGUCGGAGUGUAGAAAGAGUAUCUUUUUACUUGGGGUUUUCCAUUGGCGGCUUGAUAGCCUGUGACAUAGAAAUUAUUUAACUCUCUUUGAAAAUACAUUCCAUUGUAGUGUAAAUUUAAUUUGACCUCUCCAAAGCAGCAAGAGACACGUGGCAUUUUACCCUAACACCAGAUAUAGUAAUUGAAAAUAUUUGGUUGUAUCCAACUAAAUUUUACUCAGAGCAGACUCGUUGAACUUGAUGACCCCAAGUUAAUAAUUUCAAUGGAUAUAUUUGAUUAUGGCUGGCUGUAGAUACAACCCUUUCUCUUUGCCCUGAAGGGCAAGGAUGCCUCCUCAAUCUACAGUACAGCCAGAUGGGUCAAUAGCUAAAGCAAUAUCACUUCCUUGGGCAAUAGAAGCUUUAUGUUAGAAUGAUUGAGUUUUGAGCCUAAAAGCCAGGGAUGAGGCACCUUUGGCCCUACAGAUGUUGUUAGACUACAGCCGCUGUCAUCCCUGACAAUUUACCAUGCUGGCUGGAGUUGAUGGGAACUGGAGUCCAACAAUAUCUAGAGGGCCACACGUUCCCCAUUCCUGCCAUAGACAUACAUAGGCAAAAAUAUUUUUUCUAAUAAAGGUCAUUUUAGUUUAUCUUUGCAGAGGAAGAGGGAGGCUGGUAGAUUUGCUAACUAAUAAUUUGAUAUUCUCUUCUGCCAGUCCAAUUAUCAAUUCAUGAAUAUAAUAUGAUUUGAUUAUACCACAACCUGUUGCAUAAGGUAUAGCAUAUGGCAAUUUCAUUAUCUUUGCUUUAUGUAUGUCAUGUGUCCCAUUGCAAAAACAGAGUAUACUUUUCACAAAACCACCCCUGACUGACUCAACAUAAGAGGCUUCUGCAGUAAGUUUAGUUAAUUUCUGCCUUGUACUUCAUUAUUUUUCUCCCUUUGUUGUGUUCCUCUCUAUUGUAUUGGAUCCAUACUUAGUCAUGAUUUAAGUACCCCUGAUUUAAAUGCAGCUAAUUUACAAUCCAGUGCAUGUAUAUUCAGAACAGCUUUUCUUUUUCUAUUUGGCUAUGCUUUUUAUCUGCUUACUUUUUAUAUUUUCUGCUUUUCUGUUCACUUUUUUAAUUAUUAAUUUUAUUGUUGGUACCUACUUAGUUUUCUUUUGAAGAGGAAGCAGAGUAAAAAUAAAGGGUAAAUAGCAUUUAAAUUUUGUUCUCUUUCAUCAAUAGUAUUGUAUCUAUCUAUCUAUCUGUGUAUGUAUCUAUCUAUCUAAAAUAAGAACUUGAUCUUGGUGGUCUGAUUUUUAUAUUAUAAUCUGCUGGAUUAAUGACAUAUUUGGGGGUCACCUGAACCUAGAAAAUGGAAAGCCUAUAAGAGAAUAUAUUUCCUUGGAUAUUACCAAAGGAAAAUGAAAAAUGUAUUUGAUAGGGAUUUUUAAGGGAUGAAGAUAAAUCCUAAAUUGGUAUGAGCUGAUUGACAGAGUUGUACCACCCAUAGGAGAGUGGGAGAAAUUCAAUAUGGUUAGGAUUUUAAUGUGCACCUAUCUAAUUUGUAGUUUCCAAAACAAUACAUGAACUGAAACAUAGCUGUCAUUUGUAAUUCGUACUUCUCUGAAUUUUGUGCUGGAGUUCUUCUGCCAAAUAAUGUACUGUAUUCAUAAAUGUGCAUAUCAGGGGAAAGUGUGAAAAUAACAUAUCAAAUGCAUUAUAUUGGGGAAAUUGCUUUUACAAAUGUCGGCAUCAUGUAAAACUGCAUACCAAAAUGUGUAUAUUGGGAGAAAUUUGCACUAAAAUUCUGCUGAAUUUGCAUUAAAAAUUUUUUCACAAGCUCAUGCAGAAAUGUGAAGUGAAUUUAAGACUAGAAAAAUUAGAAACC